UGUCUCCGGACCGCUGUUUUUGUGAGACGGCGACUCGGACUAUUCGCUUCUGUGCAUAAGUCACCCAAAUACGACGUGUACUCUUGAUCGAAUCACUUAGAAGAAACAGUUAGAAUGAUUUCAAGGAGGGUCCUGUUCAGACCUGUGUCGGCAAAACCACACCCUGCCAACGGUGAUGGCACUCCAACUUGUCCAUCCUGCCACAUUCCACCCAGGAGAUCAUAUCAUCUGCCUGGCAGUGCUAGUUCUGCCCUGCCAUCUGGCAGGAUGGUGAAAUUCUGCCCCCCAACACUAGUAACGCUCACUGCUUGGCGCCUUGCCACUCUAACAAUUUCAUGAUCGCAUUGGUAUCACAUUCCCUCGCCCCUUCAAAUACUUGUUUCAGUCAAUACUCACUUCGGCAACCCAAGCGCCAACUGAUGGGUGGUAUAUCAAUCACGAACUUCACCCACCAAGUUUGCCACCGCUCCCUCACUCCCAUCCUCUGACGCUAUGACCUUAGUCUCGAAUGAUCCCAGCUUGUGGCCAUCCAUCAAUUCAUAUCGUAUAUUCAGUUAUUUUACAGUUGCCGCCUCUGUCGGUGUAAUCUACGAUUGGGCGCUCACUUUUGGACAAGAGGUUGACCUAUUCUGGAGGCGACGUCGGUCCUUGAUGGCCAUUCUGUAUCUCAGCAUACGCUAUAUUGGAAUAGGAUAUGUUAUCCUCAAGACGCUGACUAAUAUUCCGACAAUUUCAUUAACAGAUUCAGGGUGCCGUAUCAUGUACAUUACACUGGAAAGUACGAAUGAAGUCGUAGAUGUAAUGUUGGGUGUCAUCUUGAUCGCUCGGCUGAAUGCCAUGUGGCAAUCCAAAAAGAUGUUGGUAUUUCUUGUUGCCAUCUUUUUGACAAUCAGAACCGCCAACGCAGUGAUGGCCGCAAUAUCCAUGAUGCAUGUUUCCGUGGAGGAAGUCGUUCUCUCCGGCACCUAUGGGUGCAACACUGACUACGUGGGAGAUACCAUACUUCUGUACACCAUCACCUGGAUACUUUCCAUGGCAUUGGAGGUCCUUCUGUUGUGCCUCACACUUUGGAUUGCUGUGAAGCACUUGCGUGAACUGCGACAAUACUCAACAGGAUGUAUAAUCGAGGACUGUUACGCGGUGCUCAUGAAAACUCACGUCAGUUAUUUUGCGAGGUGAGCUCAUAAUGCGAAGGUAGUUCUCUUUUCCGCUGAAGUUAUGCACGUGCUAGUUUUGUUGCAGUUUCUUGUUUCUACGUCGGGUUUUUCUCUCCGACGCUCUCAGCGAAUACAAACUCUACAGAAACUC